GCAGUGCAGCUGGGCUAGGUAGACAUGUGAUGUGCCUGUAUCGUGCAUCUUCACCUCCCUGACCCUGUCUGUCCAUUCGUCGUCGACGAUUGGGUUUGAAUCAGCUGAUCACCUGGAGGGAAAGGAAGAAAGGAGCAUCUUACCCUGUAUCCAGCACGUGGAAAGCAAGGCUGAAGGAUGGUGAGGGAGUGCCAGCAUCCAGGUUGCCCCAGGGACCCCAAAUAUGCCUGCUGCGCUGGCAGAUGUCCAAGCAGCUCGUGGCAGCGACAACGUUCGAGGGUAUCCGGUUCGACUUCAUCGAGAGAAUCGGAGGAUUCGACUUCUUCGAGAGAAUCGGAGGAUUCGACUUCAAGGAGCUGUUCAGGCGGUAGAUUCCCCGGAUGGCAUCAUCCGUCAACUUUGGGAUCCUCUGCUCGGUAGGCGCCAUGAUGUGACGUUGCUGGGGCUAAGUGGGCGGUUGGAGACGUUGAUGCAGUCAUUCAAUGAUGCGGUGGGCGUUCCGUACUACAUUCACGGAGACCCAGCAUACCAGGUAACUGUCGAAUGGGGCUUCGGCCGGGUCGUGGCGUUGUGGCCUUACGUCGACUACGUGAAGAAGCAGCAGGUGGCCCUCAGCGCAUGCGGUCUUGGAAAGCAGUAAGCGGUGGCUGGUAUCCUGACGAAUUGCCGCUGAUGUUUCUACCCAAACUCGACAGCGAAAUUCUUUGACCUUACCCCCCCUUCCCUCCAAGAAUAUCUUUCGGGAGAGGCGUGACAACGUGUGUCUAGUUUGCAUGGGAAUGAUGCGAAAGUAGCUACUGUAGUUGGCACCGCAAUGUCCCGUACCAUUCGGCAUAUGGCCAUAUCGACGUCAGAUAGAAGGGUUGGCAUCAAGCUUCGUUUUGUACACAUGCCUGUAACGCGCUCCCCAAUUUCUCACCUUGUGGCCGUUGAACAACAGCUUCGCGCGCACUUGGGGGUCUUGUUUUCCGGUCAUCUGGACCUUCUUAAGGUACUGUGCCUGAUAGACACGGACCUGCGAAAGAGGGAGAAAGGGCGCGCCCCAUUACAGGUGUUAUCAAGUCCGUGUGCCCGAACCAUGUACCUUACCUUGUGACGACCGUAAAAACAACAUUUUCCGGGUGAUUGUAGGGGGGUAGAGGUCCCGUUGUACGGUCGAAUUCCCCUGAUAAUGCGAACCACCGUAAAGUUGUCUCGGGAUUAUUUCGUGGUU